UUACGACUUUAUUCUCACUUUUAUUGAAUUAUGACUUAUACUAUAAAUAUAUGAAACAUUUUUAUUAGUUUCUCUCAGAACAUUUGAACAUUUCUUUCACUUUAUUAAACCUUGUUUUCUCGAGGUUGACGGUGACGAGCAGAGAUGAUGAAGACGAUGAAGAUGAUGAAGAUGAAGGUGAGCUGACUGUUCAGGAAGUCGCAGUGCAGACACACACAGCGGUUACACAGUGUAACAAGGUGUGAUUACACUCUUUAAAAACAGCCACUGAGCAGUUUAUCACUCUUUACUGAUCUGGAGUCAGCACAGCGAGUCGCUCUUCAUCAUCGGUUUCAUCAUCCACUCUCUGAAGUUCCACGAUGCUCUCCUCCUCCCUUCUCUUCCUCCUCUUCCUCCUUUUCCUCUUCCUCCCUCGGUCUCUGGGUUGUCAGACCAGCUCCUUCACUGAGUGCCAGCAGGUCCCGUUCGUGCCGGGUCACAACCUGGCCGGUGAGGGCUUCGACGUGGUGAAGAUGCAGACCAGCGGAGCCAGCGUGGUCGACGUCAAGAACUUCAUGGUGGGAGGAGCCCAGGGGAACUGCACCGUGUGCCUGAACCGCCUCCUCAACCAGACCCAGAAACUCCCAGUGUCAGUCGUGGACUGGAGGAUCAAGGUGCAGUGCCGGCGCAGUCUGAGCAGUAAGAUCUUCGAGUCCAGCCAGUCCGUCAUGAAAGAGACAAGUUCAUCUCUCGGAACCAGCUGGAAGGUGGGCCUCAGUAUCCCAGGACUCGGUGGGUUUGCAGUUGGAGGAUCGCACUCCGUCUCAUCGAAGUUUGCAGAGAGCCGCAGCAGGAAGGACAAGUUCUCCUUCACCACCCACAACGUCAACUGCAAAUACUACACCUUCCGUCUUCACUCCAGCCCUCCGCUGAGUAAAGAGUUUGAGGUUUCCCUGAAGAACCUUCCCUCCACCUACGACCACAAGAACACUUCGGCUUUCCAACAGUUCAUCUCCGUCUACGGGACCCACUUCAUCCGCAGGGUUCACCUCGGGGGUCGAGUUCACUCCAUCACCGCCAUCCGGACCUGCGAGGCCUCCAUGAGCAAGUUGUCCGUCCACACUGUAAGCAACUGCCUGUCUGUCGAGGCCAGCGCAGUCAUCAAAGGUGUCAAAGUCAGUGCAGCCUCCGGCUUCUGCCACGCCAAGAGCAAGAGCCUAAAAUCUGGAGCGACAUUCAGCCAGGCCUUCUCCGACCGGACCACCGAGGUUAUGGGAGGGGACGGGGAUAUGGGGGACAUCCUAUUCAACCCUAAUGGUGCUGCAGGAUAUAAGAAGUGGCUCCUUUCCCUGAGGAGGGUCCCAGGUGUGGUUUCCUACCAGAUCAGCCCCCUGCACAUGCUGGUGACAGACAACCCCGUCCUGAAGUCCAGCCUACGUAACGCCAUCAGCGACUACAUCCGCAAAAGUGCCAAGCCGCUCCGAUGCCCAGCCAGCUGCAAGAUCGGCCACCAGAACAAAAACUGUGCCUGUCAGUGUCAAGGACACCGCAUGGUCAGCUCCAACUGCUGCCCUGCCGAGCCCGGCGUGGCCCGGAUGAACGUGACAGUGAUCCGAGCCGAGGGGCUGUGGGGAGACUACUUCUCCAAGACGGACGGAUACGUUAAGGUCUUUUACGGUACACAAGGAGCCACGACACCGGUGAUCUGGAACAACGACUUCCCCUCCUGGAACUACCUAAUUCGAUUUGAAACCGUCAACCUCCGUCACAGAAAACCGAUCCGUUUCGAGGUUUGGGACCGGGACAACCGCUGGAACGACGACCUGCUGGGGAGAGUGUACCUCAUCCCCACGAUGGGCCGCAACAUCAACAAGAAGUUCAAGUUGAAACACGGCUCGCUGUAUGUCCGGAUGUCUGCAGUGUGCGCUCCCAGCCUGCAGGGGUCGCUGUGCGAGCAGUACGCCGCCUCGCCCAACUACGAGGACGUGAUGGGAUACACGAAGGAGGACCGGGAGGACUAUUGGGGUUCAGGGAAGUCGGGUCUUGAGGCUAAUGGGGCUCAUGGCGGCUCCAUCCUUUGAAUUCUCUCUUUAUGCUGUUUUAGACGUAUUUGCUGUCGAUGUUUGAGGAGUUAAGAAAGUUCUCCUGCUAGCUCUCCUCUCAAUACUCCUUCAUGCUUGUUAGCAUUAUGCUGUCCUAACGUCAGUCAGCCCGACUCUUAGUGAACAUUAAGGUGUAAACCGCAAUGUGGAUUAAUGUGCAUUGUCCCAGGUAGGCAGGUAAACAAACAAACAAACAAACAAACAAACAAACAAACAAAUAAUUAAAAGCUGUCUGACCUGUCCAUAUCAACAGGAACUAGAAAACACCUCCUUUAAAAAAUCAAACAUUUUUGAGAGUUAUUGAUUGAGAAGAAAGUUUAAUGACUUUAUGAAUCGCAGUCUAUGACAGAUUGUUAAUUAUUGAAUUAUUUGGAGCUUCUUGUAAAUUUGCAGAAUGUUACACAUGAAUUUAUUUAUUUCUUUAUGUUAAGAACGUGUCUGUCUGUCCCAGCGUGUUCGCUAUCAGACGGUGGUACAACCUCCUCUCCUCUGUGCUCUCUGGCAUUGAUGACUUUCUUUGUGAUGACAGAUUUCCACAGAGGAAGUUCCUGCUCAUAAAGUUCAGUUAUAAAAUGUGAUGAAAAAAAAGAUUCUGUAAGUUAUUAUAAUGAGAAACUUUCUCACAAUAUGUCAAAAUAUUCAUAUUUUUGUAUCAAUCCAAUUAAUUCAGUUUGAAACAGACGCUUGAACCAUUAUAUUAACUUAACAUAAAUUAAUCGUCCAAAAGGUUUAAUUCACUCGUUCACAUUAAUUAAAAGUGUUGAAGUAACUGAGUUGUUUUCAGUGAACUUUUUAAAUUAUUGAUGAUAUUAUAUAUAUUCCAGUUUGUUGCAUUAACUCAUUUUCUUUAUGUUCACUUUAUAUCGUUAAAAAUAUAAGCCCCAAAAUUAAUUGGCUUAAUUAUCGAUUAACUGUAAUGAGUUUUUUAUGUGAGUGAUUGACUGAUUAGUUUUAGGUUCAAUUAACUGAGUUAAAGUAACUGAUCAGGUUUUACAGUGUGAAGUAUCAAUGACAGAGGAUAUUGAUCGAUACACUGAUCGUAGUAUUAGUGCUUGUUAGUAGCAGUUGUAGAAGUGUGUGUGUGUGUGUGUGUGUAGGUGUUACACAGUCAGCAGUGUGUGUUUUUGCUGUUACAGUUAAAGGACUGCUGACGAUGAACAACUGAACACACACAGUAACACACACACACACACACACACACACACACAGUCAGUUAUUCACUGCUGAUGCAGAAACAUGUUUGAAGAACUUCCUCGUAUCAGACGCACAAUGUGAAAAUAACUUAUUAAAUAUAAUAAAUAUAAUAAUAAUGAAACGAGGAUGAACUCAUUACAAUUUGGGGCUCAAAGGUCAAAGGUCAUGUUUGUCUCAAAAUGACGGCAAGCAACACUUUACUUUUUAGGUAUUUUUUGGGGCUUUUAUUUCCUUUAUUAUAGAGACAGCUGAAGACAGACAGGAGGGCAGAGAGAGAGGGGGUGACACGCAGCAAAGGGCCACGGGUCGGAAUCGAACCCUGAACCGCUGCAGCAAAACUCAUCUCUGAUCAAUAUUCACAGGAAAUAAUCAAACUUCCUGCAGUGAUUGAGUUCACUGUUUGGGUUUAUUGAUCAGUUGAUCAGCUGUUGUUAUUGAUAUUGAUCAAUAUGAAACAUACAGUAAAUACUGUAUAUUUCAUAAUAAUACUAUAUUAAAUAACAGGAAGUGUCUGAAUGGCGCAACCUGCUGGCAGGAAGCUGACGUUUGUGUGUUUUACAGAUUUUACAUUUAAACCUGAAAAACACGUAAAAGGUCAGAGGUCAAAUCCACUGGAUUGUCCUCCGGUUACCAUGGAUACGGGAGCAGGAACAGAUUUAUUUUGUUUUGUUUUAAAAGUUGUUUGAGGGGGAAAAGUAAAUAAAUCAAAUAAUAUUAAUACAUUAAUAUUAAUUUCAGGUGUUUGUGAUGUUUGUUGGUACGCAGUGAUGUCACCAGGACGCCGAGGUCAUGAGCUUGUUUUUUGGUCUUUUUAAUUUUUUCAUUCUUGUAAAUUUCUUAAAAUCGAAUUCUCUGCAGCUCGUUUCAUUAAGUGGAAUCUUUUUCCCGCUCUUUGCUCUCGUUAGAGACCCAAUGGCGUCAUAGCUUUAGGUUUGAGUUAUUUCCUGUUUUAUGUUGAAAGAGUCUUUCUUCACUUCCUUUGAUUGUUUCUGUAAUAAUAUUUGAUCCAUUAGUGGAGAUUUGUUAAAGUUGCUUGAAGCUUUGUAGCAUUUAUAAAUGAGUAUAAAGGAAACAUUUAGUGAUUAAAGAUUCAUUGUGAGGAUUACUGAACAACCUGCUGCUUCCUGUUUGUUAGCUGAAUAAAGUAAAAAAACUUCA